AUGGAGUUAAUAUACAAAGAAACGGUGAAACCAAGUUCACCCACGCCUCCUCAUCUCAAAACUUAUCCCCUCUCCUUCAUGGACGUUAAAACAACUCCCAAUUACGUCCCUCUACUCUACUUUUACCGUUCCAACCACCAGCUUCUAGAAUCUACCGUAGCCUUGCUCAAGAAAUCGUUAUCUGAAGCUCUCUCACUGUACUACCCAAUUGCAGGCAGGUUCAGAGAUCAAGUCGCCAUUCACUGCAACGACCAGGGAGUCCCACUGCUCAUCGCAACAAUCAAAACGAAUCUCUCUCACAUUCUCAACAACCCAACCCAUGCAAAUCUUCUCCCUCUCUUCCCUCAGAAUCUGCCAUGGAGCGCUAUGCAAAAUCCAAGAGAUGACGCCAUACUCGCCAUUCAAAUCAACUUCUUCUCCUGCGGCGGAAUCGCAAUAGCCCUCUGCAUGUCUCACAAGUUCAGCGACAUCUCCGCUCUCUUCAACUUCGUCAACGACUGGGCUUCCAUCACCAAGAAUCAGAAUCACUCACUGCUUCCCUCUCCGCCCUUGCUCCACGCCGGAGUUUCUCUUUUCCCUCAAGGAGAUUUUCCGGUUUACCCGGAACCACCGUACCCUGAGAUCCAUAACUCGGUGUGCAAGAGGUUUGUGUUCCAAGGUUCCAAGAUCGAUUCCCUGAAAGCCAUGGCUGCACCGGUUCACGCUACAAGGAUUCAAGUGGUGACUGCACUGAUAUGCAAGUGUGCGAUUUCUGCGCUAGGGUUAAGCCCUAACACCCAGUUGUUAAGCUCCGUUGCCGUCAAUCUCCGAAACAGAAUCGAUCCUCCCAUUCCAAACAAGACCAUAGGGAACAUGAUUUCGUUCUUCGUGUUUAGUUCCUCUCAGACGGAUCAGCUGCCAGAGUUGGUAAGCAAGAUGAAGCAAGGGAUGGAAGGUAGUGAGGCGCAGAUGAAGAAGUAUGGAGGGAAGGGUAGGGACUUGGACUUCAUUGCUGAGUUCGUGAAAGGAGACGCGGGAGAGGUUCCGGAGGCGGAGGAUUUGAAGAUUCCGGUGAUGAUAAUGUCAAGCUGGUGUAGGUUUUCAAUGUACGAAGCCGAUUUUGGAUGGGGGAAACCGGUGUGGAUAGCAUCUGUGAGUAAUGUCCCGAACUUGGUGGUUUUUAUGGAUGCGAGAGAUGGGAAAGGAAUGGAAGUGAUUGUGACCAUGGAAGAGCAGCACAUGGCCAGGUUCGAGUGUGAUCACCACCUGCUUCAAUACGCCUCCGUUGAUCCGCCUGUUCAAUUCCAACAAAAUGAUUUUUGA